CGGUAAGUGUGUAAUGGCAGUUUGAAUGAGAAGCCUAUCCUUACAAAUCCGUUUUCAUCCUCUCUCUUAACUUCACUUUGCAGCGCACAAAGAGAGACCUGGGCUUCAACCAGACUUGACCAAACCGGUUAAAAUUACCUAAAUUAGAAAACAUGUACGCCUGUGCAAAGUUCGUCUCCACGCCGGCUCUGGUCCGUGCUGGUUCCCGGGCUCUUUACAGACCCCUCUCUGCCUCAGUGCUGUCCAGGCCUGAGCUCAAAACAGAGAGCAGCGUUGCUGUGAGCCCCCUCACCCAGGUCACACUGAGGGGCUUUCAGACCAGCGCCAUCAGCAGGGACAUUGACACCGCUGCCAAGUUCAUCGGAGCUGGAGCUGCCACAGUCGGAGUAGCUGGAUCUGGAGCUGGAAUUGGGACUGUGUUUGGCAGUCUCAUUAUCGGCUAUGCUAGAAACCCAGCUCUGAAGCAGCAGCUGUUCUCAUAUGCAAUCCUGGGAUUUGCCCUGUCUGAAGCCAUGGGACUGUUCUGUUUGAUGGUUGCUUUCCUUAUCCUGUUUGCUAUGUAAAACUCUGUCAUUCAACACUUUCAUUACAAAUGUGACUACAUAUUUUAUUGUGGAUACCAAAAUUGUUCCGUGUUGGUGUCAAGGAAAUGUAUAUUUUCAAGACUUUCAGACACUGUCAGAAUACGCAAAACAUGUAUUGUACAAAUGUAAGAAAUUACGUGAUUAAAAUACAUGUAUUUGACUAUUUAACAA